GUUUACUGUCUCCUGAUUGCUUCUAUCCAGUAAUAUUGAUUACUCAAUUUGAUAUUCAGUCACUUUCUGUUAAUAAAUUAAUUCUAGUCCUCAGGACUGGGACAAUGAAUUAAGCUGAUUUGAUUGCUGUAAUUGUCAGUCAUAAUAGUUCCCGCAUGAUACGUCAACAAAAAACUGCUACUCUGUAGGUGGUGUGUGUCUUUUUUUAACUUUAUUGCACCCACACAACACUCAUGGGGAAAGGAAGGCAGCCUCUGAUGCAAAUUAUGAGGGUAAGAAUGUGUUUUUUUCACGUUUAUUGCUCCCUGAUGGAAACUAACUCGAGUUCAAAGAGGAAAAGAGAUAAUGCCUGUUUGUUGUUUGCUUUCAUGUGGUUGAAGUUAAGGUCACGACAGGGCCAACAAAAUAUUUCUAAUUACACUGCAAUCACACUCACUCAGGCUAUUUUAUCGGCUACAUUUAGCGUCAGCAGUGCUGUCAAUAUUCAAACAUAAUGUAUUUGCAGAAAUAUUUUAGUCACGUAUCCACAACUAAGUCAGCAUUUGUGUAGAAGUUCUCUUUUGCCCCAUUUGUGAAAUUACAUCCUGUCCUACAGUUUUGGUCUGGAUCCGUCACGCUACAUUUCCAUGCUCUGUUCUUUGCAUUGAACCUUCGGUUUCACUCGUUCCCUGGAGGUAGAUAAUCUCUCAGCUCCACCCACUAAUGAGCUUCCAGAGCAAUUUGGGAAAAAUCAGAUUCAGAGAUCUGAGGGAGUUUUUCCCCUCCUCUGCUGCUUCAUAUAUUUGCUUCAUAUGUCCUCCUGCAGACCAGCCUUUGGGCACCGGGUGUCACAUGGUAGGCUUGGAACAGCAAACUCUGCUGGAAAUCUGUGACCCUCAGCACAAUCAAGAGCACAGUAGGGGAUUGUGCAUUCCACGGGAAACGUGUUGUUUCCUUCCCUUCCUGUCCUGGCUUUGUCUGGUCCAGGGUCAAGGUUUUGAGUGGAGGGUUUGCACUAAUCGGACAGGCUUUAUUAGCUGUGUGGUGUGUGCUGCACCUCCUCAGUAUUAUAUGGAUCUUCUUCUGGAUAUAGCCUCCACUGUCAGCAUGUCCAGUGAGAGCAGGUCAGUGAGGGGCAUUAGGAGGCAGAUGAGUAAGAGGAAUAUGACUGCUGCGCCGAUUUCCUGGCCCGUCCCAAUGAGGGCUAUCGGAGCUCAGAACCUUCUGACCAUGCCCGGAGGUGUUGCCAUUUCUGGGUAUCUACACAAAAAGGGGGGAAGCCAGUUCAGUCUAAUGAAAUGGCCUCUUCGCUACAUUAUAAUCCACAAAGGCUGCGUCUACUAUUUCAAGACCAGCACGUCUGCCACACCACAGGGAGCGUUCUCCCUCAACGGCUACAACAGGGUCAUGCGAGCAACAGAGGAGACCACAUCCAGCAACGUUUUCCCCUUUAAGAUCGUGCACUUCAGUAAGAGGCACCGCACGUGGUAUUUUUCAGCAGCCAGUGAGGAUGAGAGAAGGAAAUGGAUGCGUUAUUUGAGGAAAGAGAUUGGCCACUAUAAUGACAAGAAAGAUUUGCUUGAUGCAAGUGAAUCUGACUCUGAUGAAAGUUUCUAUGGCCCUAUUGAGAGCCCUUUGGAAAUCACCAAUAACCCAGAUGACCAUGAGGGAGACUACGUGGAACAAAAUGAUGAAAGUGAUGAGGACGAUUAUCUUAUGCCUGAUGGGCCAGCAGGUCAGCCCAAGGCACCACCUCCAUCUUACCCUCCUCCACCUGUGCCCAACCAUCCUAAAGGCCUUCCACCACCAGUACCCCAUACAUCCAUUAAAGCACCACCGUACCCCAUCCAGAAGAAAUCAACCACCCCUGUUCCAAGCCCACCCAAACCUUCUGACGCCAUGAAUAAAGGCCCUCCUCCAGCACAGAAACCAGUCAUUAACAGAAUGACAGUUGCGCCGGGUCCUUUGCCCGUGUGCCAGAAAAAGCCUGUAGCCGGGAGUGUGUCCUUAUCCACUCUCCCAGGAUAUGACCGGAAGCCUGCUCCUGCCAUGGUUAUUAAAAACCCAUCCACUCUCCAUAUCUGUGAAGACCUGGAAAACAAACUGGUUCUGAACUCUCGUGACAGAUCUAGUUCACACAACAUGAAGAAUUCCCCUGGUGAGAGAAAACUCACAUCACUGGGCUACAAACCUCCGCCAAAGUGUCCACCACCAGGGAUGAAGCCCAAACCCACUCUUCCAUCUUUACAAAGAUCGUCACCUGAUGGGCAAAGUUUUCGGUCCUCUGUGGAAGAGAAGCCCUUGAAAAAGAGUGUCAUAUCAGACAACGAUGAAGACUCUGACGAUAAUGACUAUGAAAAUGUACAAUUGCCUGACUCUGUCUUUGUGGAAACAACUGAGACCAGUACUGUUGAAAAAUUAUUUAAAGAGACAAAUGCCUCUCCGCCGGAUGGCCUUUACUGCAUCCGAAACUCUGGAACAAAGACCUCAAAGGUGCUUGUUGUGUGGGAUGUGAGUCUGAACAAGGCAAGAAACUACCGGCUGUUUGAGGAGGAUGAAAUCGUGUACUUGGAGGCAGGCUUGAACUUCCCUUCCAUGGCAGCCCUGGUGGAGUACUACUACAGCCACCCCCUGCCCAACCACGGCUCUCUGUGCUUACAGCAGCCCUUUGGCUACACACCACCCAGGUGACAUCGUCCUCUACUGCCGUCAUGGACAGAUAUCUUCAUAUCCUCAUAUCCUCAUAUCUAUAGCCUUGUGGCUCCAGCUCUGGUCCUCCUGCUGGCUAUAGCAGCUCACUACAGCUGAUCAUGUACUCAGCCAUAAGGAGAAGUAAGGCUUGCCAGUGAGAUUGCAAAUAUGGACUCGCAAAUGUGGGUGCAUCUGAGCUGCCAUCGGACUAAAUGGAUUUAGCAGUUGUGGAGCUUUAUCUCGGCUGAAAUUGAUAUCAAUCAUACUCGGUUGUGUUUGAUUCAGAAAUGCUGGUGCUUAUGUAACUAUUCAUACCUUUGCACAGAAACAAUGCACUUGUGCACAAUCUGCUCAUAUGUGAGCCUGCCGUUGCCUAAAACAAAUAGUUCAUAAAACCAAAUAGUUGUUCUACAGAUAUCAGUGUGGUGAGAUGGUGAGAAGUCAUGUAGUGCAAAAUGCAGCAGCUUCUCAUGCCUUCAGUUUUGGUUUUUAAAACUCUCUAAAACUGAGUAUAGAGAUUAGUGAAGGUAAACACAUUGUGUAGAUGGUGUAACUACUGAUAUAUUUUCCAGGUAAAUUGACUACAUUUCUUGAUGUAAGAAUGUAUCGUGAGAUAUAUAAAUUGGGUUUUUAUAUAUCAGCAAUACAAAAUUGCAGCAGUGUGCAACUGAGUGCUACGUAAUACACGGUAUGCCUGUAUUUCUGUGUAAAUACUGAAAGCAUUAUCAUUUCUGUACAAUUUUAUAUUUUAUACCUGUACUUUAUUACUUGUGGAAAAUAUACAUAUGUAAAUUAAACAACUUUGUACCAUUGUUAAAUUAUAUUUUCUGUCUGACAGAGUGCUAUUAGAAAAAUAAACAAUUAUAGUGUUUGAACACAAA